AUGACUUUCUUUACUUCAAAUAAUAGUAAUAUAAGUUUGGAAACUGAAUUGGCAGAAGAUGUGCCUCGUGAUGAGCGCUUGGCUCGAGUUGAAAUAGCCCUUUUGAGCAUCAUAUUUUUCAGUGCCGCAAUGUUAAACUUUGUACUGCUAUUGGUGCUGUGGAAGCGGAGGAAGCAGCUGUCGAGGAUGCGCGUCUUUGUUUUUCACCUUUGCCUGGCAGACCUGGUGGUCACCUUUUUCCAAGUUUGUCCGCAGCUGAUGUGGGAUGUAACGGACAGAUUCAUUGGUCCUGACAUAAUUUGCCGCCUGGUGAAAUACAUGCAGGUCGUUGGCAUGUUUGCCUCCACUUACAUGAUUGUAGUGAUGACCAUUGAUCGCUACCAAGCUAUCUGUAACCCCAUGGUGACUUUCCAAAGGCGCAGAGCGAGCUGGAACGUGCCUGUGUGCGUUGCAUGGUCCGUGUCCCUCUUCGGCAGUAUCCCUCAACUGUUCAUCUUCUCCCGAGUUCAAAUUGCGCCUGGUGUCUAUGACUGCUGGGCUGACUUUAUCAAACCUUGGGGACUAAAAGCUUACGUGACCUGGACCACUCUGGUGAUAUUUGUGUUGCCAAUCUUAACUGUUAUCGUUUGCCAGGUGCGUAUUUGCCGAGCUGUUCAAAUAAACUUUAACAUGAAAACACAUCAAGCAUCGGAAAUUGUCACCAAACCUCUGCACUCCAGGACCAGUAGUGUUGCUGGAGUGUCCAAAGCCAGGAUUAAGACCGUGAAGAUGACUGUGGUUAUUGUUCUUGUCUACAUUAUCUGUUGGACUCCUUUCUUCACUGUCCAGCUGUGGUCUGUCUGGGAUGUCCAAGCACCCACUGAGACUGCAACUUUCUCUAUCCUGAUGCUUCUGGCAAGUCUGAACAGCUGUGCAAACCCCUGCAUCUACCUGCUCUUCAGCGGGAAGCUCCCCAAGAGACUCAUGGCGGUGUGUGUUAGCCAGUCGGACAUGAAGGACUCCAUACAAGAAGAAGCCACUGUGGUCAGCUCCUUGUACAUCAGUUUUAAGAGCCUUUCCGAGUCCAGAUGAAACAAGUGGCACAGCGCUCUCUCGGGCUGAUAGAGCUUGAUGUAUACAGUUGAUGUCGGAAGUUUACAUACACUUAGGUUGGAGCCAUUAAAACUCAUUUUUCAAC